AUGGAUAGAAACCCUAUCCAUCCACCACUUCCUGCAAGGAAUGACUAUGAGAUCAAGCCUCAGAUCAUAGCAUUGGUUAGACAGAACCAAUUCAAUGGCCUUCCAGCUGAGCAUCCUCUUGAUCACAUAGAAAACUUUGAAGAGAUUUGCAGCACUACAAGAUCCAAUGGAGUCUCUGCUGACUACUUGAAGUGCAAGCUCUUUUCAUUCUCUCUUGGCGACAAAGCUUCAAGAUGGUUGAAGUCUCUGCCAGCUCACUCCAUUACCACUUGGGAUGAGUACAAGGCCGCUUUCAUCAACCACUUCUACACCAAGCAAAGAUCAGUUUCUGUAAGGAACAAGAUCUCCAACUUUCGCCAAGCCAACAAUGAAUCUUUCUAUGAGGCGCUAGACCGAUUCAAGGAGUACAUUAGGGACUGCCCUAAUCAUGGUUUCAAUGAGGGAAACCUAUGGAACAUCUUCUAUCGUGGCAUAGACCACAAGUACAAGCUUUCAUUGGACACUGCAAGCAAUGGAAACUUCAUGACCAAGACUGUUGAUGAAGCUAAGGUUCUUAUUGAGAAUCUUGCAGCUAGUGAUUGUAACAACUGUCCUGAUUAUGACCGCUCAAGCCGCACCACUACUAGCUCCCCUGAUUCUUUUCAAAUGACUGAACUCAAGAACAUGAUGGCUCAAGUUCUUAAGGGACAGCUCAAGCAUAUCAAUGCAAUAGAAGGGAUGAGUGAUGCUAAUGAAGACCCAUCAAGAGAAUGCAUGGGAGAUUUCUCUAAUGAAGCCAAUGAAGAAGAUGUGAACUACAUUGGAAACUAUGGGAACAAGGGAUACAAUCCAAGCUAUCGCCCAAACCCCAACAUGUCUUAUAGAAACCCCAAUGUGGAGAAUCCUCAAGACCAAGUGUAUCCUCCAAGGUAUCCACAACAACAAAGACCUCCUUACCAAUCUCAAGGAAGUCAAUUUCAGCCAAGGCAAGGGUAUGAGCAGAGAUCAUCAUAUCCGCCCAAGGAGCCAUAUGCUUCUUCACCAAAUCAAGCUCCUCCAAACCAACAAGGUGGGAGAUUUGAAGGAAUCCUCCAACAGAUCAUGGAUGGCCAGAAGAGAAUACAAAGAGAUGUAUGA